GCGGCCAUUACAGACACACAACACCACAACAAAUGGUGCUAAACCUGGCUAAACUGAGAAUUAUCACUUCAUAGCCUACUAAUUGAUAAUAGGAUUAGACUAGCCUACCGGAUUACGUGAAAACAUCUGGCUUUUCAUACCACCGCGGCAGUCAAGAAUAAUGGAUCAUUCACACUAAAUCAGCAUCGAUUUAAAACGUGCUUGUCAGCUGACUAGACCGGGAAAGCGUUCCCUUCUGAGAAUUGGAUAAGCGACACUCAUGGCAACGCUUACCCUUUGAAUGCAGGGGUAUGAAGCAAAUAUGGGUGUUACGCUUGUUUAUAGGCUACAGUCUCGUGCUACGACAAUAAACAGUUAGUUUGUAAAUAUAUUCAAUAGUUUAUUAGUUUGCACUCUUGUAUUCAGAAAGGGAAAACUCGAGCCACGGUCAUGUCUGACAGCCCGUCGUAUUUACACUUCUGUCGACGUCUAAGUUAUGCGGUGGGACAUUUUUUAAACGACUUGUGUGCCUCUAUGUGGUUCACCUACCUACUGGUAUACUACCACUCAGUACUAGGUUUUGGGAACACAUACGCAGGGAUCCUUCUUUUAGUCGGUCAGAUCGCAGAUGGAGUUUGUACGCCGCUCAUUGGUUACGAGUCCGAUCGUACAGCAGGAUGCGGGACGUACGGGAAAAGGAAAACAUGGCAUUUGGUCGGCACAGUGAGUGUGUUGGUGUCAUUUGCUUUCAUCUUUAACCAGUGCAUUGGCUGCAAUGGCGGCACACCACAGUGGGCUGGUGUCAUCUACUUUCUCCCCUUCAUUGUAAUCUUCCAGUUUGGUUGGGCGGCCACUCAAAUCUCCCACCUGUCACUUAUCCCCGAGCUCGUGACCUGCGAGUAUGCCAAGGUGGAACUCACUGCCUUCAGGUAUGCGUUUACAGUGGUGGCAAACAUCACUGUCUUCGGUGCGGCCUGGGUUCUCUUCCACCUACAGGAGGAGAGCACGGACAACCUGGGGCCGGCUGACAUUCCUGUUUUCAGAAACUUGAGUCUGCUGGUGCUGGGCAUUGGGGCAGUCACCUCGCUGCUCUUCCACGUGGGCACCCGAGAGAAGAGCUAUGCCACCGGCGACUCUGAGCCUGGCGAACGGCAGCCCCUCCUCCUCAACACUCCCAAACCUACCACAGCCCGGCUGCAGUGGAAACACUGGCUUCUGCAGCCAUCCUUUUACCAGGUGGCUUUCCUCUACAUGUCGACCCGGCUCAUAGUCAACCUCUCCCAGACUUAUGUCUCCAUGUAUCUCACCAACACCCUCAUGUUACCCAAGAACUACAUCGCCACCAUUCCUCUGGUCAUGUAUGUCAGUGGUUUCGCCUCCUCCCUCAUCAUGAAGCCUGUCAGCAAGCUGAUUGGCAAAAGUUUGACCUACUUCACUGGCCUGCUGCUGAUCAUGGCGUUUGCCUACUGGGCGCUGCUGGACAUCCACAUGGGUUCGGCCGUGUAUGGUGCGGCCAUCCUGCUGGGUACAGGCUCCGCCACCAUCCUCGUCAUGUCGCUCUCACUGACCGCUGACCUCAUCGGGGACCAGACACAAAGUGGAGCAUUUGUGUACGGUGCUAUGAGCUUCACUGACAAGGUGGCCAAUGGUUUGGUUGUCAUGCUGAUCCAGAGCCUCCAUCCAUGCCACACACAGGUGUGUUGCCCAGCUUGUGUGUGGUACUACCACUAUGUGAUGGUCGGCGUGACAGGAGGGGUGGCUGUCGCUGCUACGCUGGGCCUCUGCUCUCUCCUCAUCUGGCCCGUGAGCCUUCGACACAUUGAAAAAGAACAACUUGUCAACAAUGAGCCAAACGGAUUGCCGGUCAUUAACGGGCUGAUGGAACCUGAGGAAACUUCUGAUCAUGCCUCAGUGAACUAACACGGAACAACUGGAACCACUAAGGGAACCGGGGACCCUUUUGGGAACCAUUAGCCAGUUUUUGUGUUCAGACAUGCAGUGCCUCUUUUAAGAAUGUCCUAUAUUUAAUGUAGUAUAGAUAGACAUGUUUUUUUAUUUUAGAAUUGACCAGAGGUAAUCAGAAAAAAAAGGGAAGCUUUAAAAAGGGAAAUCUGACCUAUGAUCACAAGAUUGUAACAGUGAGAUGUUUAAUCUCACAGAGCACACUCUAUCUCAAAUGGAAAUGAUUCUCAGGCCAGACAUCGCACUGAGAUUAUUUUUGAGAAAAAAUAACUAAAAACUAAAGGGAAUCACACAACAGGACAAAGUUUAUGCUAAACGUAUAAACAACUGUACUCUGAAAUAAUUGACAAUCUGCACUACACUAAAUAUUGUAAAAUAAAACAUUCCUAUGA